AUGACUUCCUUAGCCCCAAACGGCACACUGCCGUCCUUAGAAGAGAACUCAACAGACAACGAAUACACGCCGUACGGCGACCGUUUGGAGACUUACCUGGUGCCCGUGAUAUUCGCCAUCAUCUUCGUGGUUGGGGUGCUGGGGAAUGGAACACUCGUCAUUGUAUACGUCAGGCAUAGGGGCAUGAGGAAUGCACCGAAUACAUACAUAUUUUCCCUGGCGCUAGCAGACUUGCUAGUGAUCCUCAUCUGCGUGCCGUUCGUGUCCAUCAUCUACACACUGGAGUCGUGGCCAUGGGGUGCGCUCAUCUGCCGAAUUUCUGAGGCAGCCAAAGAUGUCAGCAUCGGAGUGUCGGUGUUCACUCUGACAGCGCUCUCGGCAGAGCGGUACUGCGCUAUCGUCAACCCUUUUAGGAAAUUACAGCUUCGGAAGCUGCCUCUGGUCUGCGCAACCUUCAUAUGGGCAGCAGCGCUCAUAUUCGCCACGCCCGCCGCGGUGUUCUCCAACACGGUCACGGUGCCGAUCCACAACAACAUGUCCAUCGUGUACUGCACACCCUAUCCUCCUGGGUGGAUGAACUAUCACAAAUGGAUGACACUAGCAAAAGCCAUCAUCUACUACGGUCUCCCCCUGCUGGUGAUUUCCUUCUUCUACUCCCUAAUGGCGCAGCGGUUGCUGGCCAGCACGCGAGAGAUGCCGGGAGCUCUGCACGGCGGGCAGGGGGAAGCCCAGGCGAAGGCUAGGAAAUCGGUUGCUUGUAUGGUCCUCAUUUUUGUUAUAGUGUUCUUCAUUUGUUUUCUGCCAUAUCACGCCUUCGAGAUGUGGUUCUAUUUGUCCCCGACCGCUCAGAGUGACUACAACGAUUGGACUCACGCUCUAAGGAUAAUGGGGUUCUGUUUGAGCUUCCUGAACUCAUGCGUGAACCCAGUGGCCCUGUACUGCGUGAGCGGCGUGUUCCGCCAACACUUCAACCGUUACCUCUGCUGCCGGCGAGGCACGCUCCACCCGACCUGCAGCUCCCGGCUAUCCAGGACCGCGGUCUGCGAGACCUCGUUCCGAAGCACGCACCGCCAUAGGUGCAAUAGGAAUCCAACAGAAAGCGUUGUGAUAUCCAACUACGACUACGGAAGCACUAAGAAGAAGACCAUCAUGAGCAGAAACAGCAGCGAUGGCGUCACCAUCAUGAGCAUCAGAGACACCAGCGACUUUCUGACCGGCGAUGACAAGUGUAUCAAUAGAUAGGUUAGAUUCCGGGACGCUUUUGAAGAAGUGUGAAAAAAGGACAAAAUAUUAAAUGUGCAGCUUAGUGUGAUGUGAGCUAUUUCAGCAGUGUUUUAAUGGCAUUUUAAAAAUGAACCUUGCUUGUUGAGGCUUAAGGUUGAAGUCAGAUGUAGAGUUAUUGGUAUAAGGUGUUACUGGAGUAACAUAUAUACAGUAACCUGCAGUAACGUACAUUUUGAGAUGUUAAUAAUGCUAUAAAGCGUCUUACAAAUAUGUGUAUGUAGAUAACAUAUUAUCUUAGCAAAUAAAUACGAACAUGGCAGUUUGUCAGAAUAAAUAUUUUUUUAAAUUAUUUCUGUUAUGAGUUAUGACCAUGAGCAGCCGCUGUCGUGAUGGCCUAAAUUUGUAAAAAAAUUUAGAAAUUUAUAAUAUAUGUAGCUACAUAAUAUUCACCCACGUAUCUUGAGAUAAAAUUUUGAGUUGGGUUUUUGGAACUUCUGGCAUUAUUUUAGAACUAUGGAGAUUGAAAGCUUUGAGCUUUGAAUAUAUGUACAUAUAUGUAAGUAGUUCAGCUGUGUCUCAGUUUAAUUUAUAUUUCCAAGUUGGUCUUAGAAUCAGAAAUGAUUUUAAUGUUAGUAUCCUGCAACAGGAAAAGAAAAUACAACAAACUUGAAAUAGAAACCAAAGGCCCAUUUAUACACGGCGCGAUAACUUGAUCCAUCUAAAUGGGGCUUAAAGUCAAGGGCAAUCAAAACGAUGGGGCGAUUUGAACUUUAUAAUCUUAUUGUUAUUAAACCGGUAUGGAUAUGACAUUUGUAACCGUUUCUUAAAUUUAUUGUAAAGUUUGAAUCGUCCUCCUGGUUUUUGUGAAAAUUUCAAUACUACGUGCAAUUUGCUAAACCUGCAUUUUGGAUUUUGCUCUGGUGCCUGAAUACAAAGAGUAUUAAAUCACUACG